GCUGGGACUUGCAGUCCUCAUGGCCGACGCUGCGUCAUUAAGCGGCCGCUGCGUCGGAAGGGCGACGCUCUGUCUUUUCUCUCAGUGCUCGUGGGGUCUGUCUGGGCCAGGGUCUUGGCUGCUCCCGGUCCUCCUGCCCCUCACGCUCCGGGAAGAUGGCUGCCGUACGGAGGGCUCGGAGUUACUCCCGUUGCGUGGUGCGCUUCUCCGACCGAGAACUCUGUUAAGUCACCCUGCGGGGAGGAGACACGGACCGAGCAGGGGGCAAGGACCCCCGGACAGCGCCGCCUGACCGACUGCAGCAUGGCAGAAGCUGAAGAAGAUUGUCACUCUGAUCUGAUAAGAGCUGAUGACAAUGAAAGGCCUGGUGAAGCAAAUCUUCAGGCAGAGCUCCAGAUGUUUCGAGCUCAGUGGAUUUUUGAACUUGCCCCAGGCAUGAGUUCUGGUGGUUUGGAAACUGUGCCACGUGCAAGAGGCCCUGGAGUAAAGGUUAUAGAUACCAAAGGAAAGCAGGAGCUAGCAAAAGAGGAGAAGGCAAGAGAAUUGUUCCUGAAGGCUGUGGAACAAGAACAAAACGGGGCUCUUUAUGAAGCCAUCAAGUUUUAUCGUCUAGCCAUGCAACUUGUACCUGAUAUAGAGUUUAAGAUCACCUAUACGUGGUCUCCGGAAGGUGAUGGUGUCGGAAGGAGCUACAUUGAGGAUGGUGAUGAUGAUGGCAAGAUGGCUGAUCUUUUGUCCUACUUUCAGCAGCAGCUCGCUCUUCAGGAAUCCUCAGUCAAACUUUGUCAGCCUGAUCUUGAUGUCAGUCAGACUCAUAUCUCAGUGCUGCCUAUGGAAGUGCUAAUGUACAUUUUUCGAUGGGUGGUUUCCAGUGAUCUGGACCUAAGGUCAUUAGAGCAGCUAUCUCUGGUCUGCAGAGGAUUUUACAUUUGUGCCAGGGAUCCUGAAAUCUGGCGUCAAGCUUGUUUGAGGGUUUGGGGCAGAAGCUGUAACAAACUUGUUCCUUAUGCCUCCUGGAGAGAAAUGUUUCUGGAAAGGCCCCGUGUUCGAUUUGAUGGUGUGUACAUCAGCAAGACAACAUACAUACGUCAAGGAGAGCAGUCUCUUGAUGGUUUCUAUAGAGCAUGGCACCAAGUGGAAUAUUACAGAUACAUGAGAUUCUUCCCAGAUGGUCAAGUAAUGAUGCUAACAACUCCUGAAGAGCCUCAAUCUAUUGUUCCUCGUUUACGAACUAAAAAUACAAGAACUGAUGCAAUCUUGCUUGGCCAUUAUCGCCUCUCCCAGGAUACAGACAAUCAAACCAAAGUAUUUGCUGUAUUAAUGAAGAAGGAAGAGAAACCAAUUGACUACCACAAAUACAGGUAUUUCCGCCGUGUUUCUGUACCAGAAACAGAGCACAGUUUUCAUGUAGGACUACAGCUGUGUUCCAGUGGCCGCCAGAGAUUCAACAAGCUUGUUUGGAUACAUCAUUCUUGUAACAUAACUUACAAAUCUACUGGUGAGACUGCAGUCUCUGCUUUUGACAUUGACAAGAUGUAUACCCCUUUGUUCUUUGCACGAGUGAAGAGUUUUACUGCAUUUUCAGAAAAGCCUCUGUAAGAAACACAUCUCUCCUGUUGCAACUCUUGCAUGAUUAAAAGAUCAGACAAAUGAGCACUUAAGUUAUAAAUCUGUAUAUAUUUGAAACUUAUUUUAAAGUUCUGGGAAUCUUUUUGGAAGAAUAUAUACUGGUAAUACGUUCUAUUUGAUUUAGGGUGGUUGGGUUGUUUUUGUUUUGAAAUCAAGCUUAUGAAUUGUUUAACAUUUAUGUUGUGAAAAGACUUUGAUAACAUGAAAAGUUUUUACAUGUCACUUUUCAUACAGCUUUAUGAACCAUUCUCUAAAAUGCAAGUCUUCAUCUGCCUAUGCACCUUAAUGAUAUGUCAGUCCAGGAAGAAUUAUAAUAGAAAAACACUUACUGUACAUGUGACUUAGUGUGUGUGCUUUGGUGAAGGCUCAAAAUGUGAAAUAAGUUGUCCUACAUCUGUUUAAAACUGUGUGACUUGAGAAAAUAAAUGUUUCUUUUAAAGUAAAUGUAUUUUGUUUGCCUUUAAGAAAUGACAAAUUAAGUGCAAAAAAACCUGAAAGUGUGAAGUUCAACCAUAAAAUUCAGCCAAACCAUGGUGAUACUGCACGAUAAAUGUAAACUGAUCUUGAUAGCAGCCCAGUAGAGCCUACCAUCUCAGGGUGGCAGACCACUGUCAGGCUCUGUAAGCCAGCCACAGGGGCAAAGGGCUGGCUUUCUUCUCUGUGGUCUAGGGAAGGGCUCCUGGAGUGCAUGGUUCUGCUGGGAUGGUGUCAUAGUGCAGAUGUCACUAGUGUGCUGAAUUUGAGUAUGCACUGUUCAGAUUUAAUUGUGCAAAUGAGAACAGGGCUCAUUCAAACAUGUUUGUUUGUAUUUUGUUAAUCCUUCAUCUAGCCCUGCUACAGAAACUGUAAAUUCAUUGGGCAUUUGUCAUUCUUAUUAAGUUAACUUCUGGGGCUGCUACAGAUUUUCAGGUACCAUGUGUACCUAAAAUGUUCCUUGGAUUUUCAUGUAGAUACUGUAUGCGGCUUCUCCUGCAUAUAUAACUUGGAGAUUUGGUGCAGAUACUGUAUGCUGCUUGUGAUAAAUACAUACUUUGGGUUCUCAAACAACUAGAGCUUCUAAAUGUUUUUGUUCUACUAGAUUCAUGUAAGAUUUUUUUUUCUUAGAAGUAAUUCCUUAUAAAUUUACCUUCUGAACAACUCAUUUCACAAUACUGACUAGGAGUUAAGGAGGAUGCAAGUGCAAAAAAGCUGUUGAAAGAACUUUACUUGUUCCGUAAUUUGUAAAGUGUACCCUUGCAUGGAGCUACACAGUUAAAAUACAUCAAUAAAUUAGCAUUUUGUAAACAAUUAAUUGCUAUUUCUUAAUGUACCCAUAAGUCACUAACUUUUUUUCACAUAGUAAAACAUUCUGCAUUCAGUAAGGAGCCUAUACAAUACACUAUAUUCAGUAAGGAGUACAUUGUGUUACAGCAUGAUUGAGAGAAGUAAAAAUAUCAGUUGCUUUAAAAUCUCAGUUUUCGGUCUUCAAGAUAAUGAAGUUCUGUCAAGUACAUAAACUAGGAGUGCCUGUUAUGAAGUUAUCCAUUGUAAGGGUUAUGAUUAAAGCUCUGAUUUUUAGAUUAUCUUUAAGUAGUCCACAAAUACCAUCUGUACAUAAAGAAGUAUCAGUUUGACUUGUAUGAAGGAGGUUAAAGAUGAUACCAACUUUUUAUUUAGGUGACAUCAAUAGUUCUUGAUUUGGUAGUUUAGUGAUACUUCAAGCUUGUUGCACAUAUGCACUGUGUAAUAAUGUAUGUAACCUAACCCUAUUUGAGUCUUUAGCCUGUACAAUAAAAGUAACCCGAGGCUUACAA